AUGCUGAAGAUGUUUUAUCAGUCUGUGGUGGCAAGUAUUCUGUUCUACGCUGCAGUCUGCUUGGGAGGAAGCAUCAAACACAAAGAUGCAAGACGUCUUAACAAACUGGUGAAAAAGGCUGGCUCUGUGGUAGGACUUUGGCUGGACUCAGUGGAGGAUGUGGUGGAGAGAUCUACACCGAGGAAGGUGGAGAAUAUUCUAAUAAACAUGGAUCACCCACUUCACAACACCUUGAUAGACCAAAGGGUCAAUGGUGGUGGACAGCUCCUCUCUCUUCGCUGCAAGACAGAAAGAUUCAGAAGAUCUUUUGUACCAACAGCCAUCAGACUGUAUAACUCUUGUGUAAAUAGUAGAUGGCUUUUAGAGACAUAUUAUGUGAGACAACAGGUAAUUGAAUUCCCCUUCACGGAUGUUCUUCUUAUUCUUAUUCUUAGAAUAUAG